AUGGGUUUGGAUAUUGAAGACAACAAGUUAUCAGAGAAAGUUCCGGAAUGGAUUGGAAACAAUCUACUUAAUCUGGCAAUUCUUAGGCUAAGGAACAACAAAUUCUACGGAGACAUUCCAUCGUCUUUCUGUCAGAUGUCCAAAAUUCAAAUAAUGGACCUCGCAAAGAACCGCAACAAUUUGUCUGGGCGUAUCCCGAAGGGACCUCAACUUCAAACACUCAACGGAAGUUCGGAUUAUGAGGAAAACCCUGGACUAUAUGAGGCUCCAUUGGCCCAACAAUGCGAAGUUAAUAGAACAUCGCCGAAAGGUAAAAAUGGUGGGGAGCAUGGUGAUGAUGGAAAUGCAGUCGAUAAGUUAUACCUCUAUGAAUUUGUAGUUGGUGGUUUUGCCACUGGAUUAUGGGGUUACUUUGGAGUUUUGAUCUUCAAAAAGAGUUGGCGGCAGACUCCGUUCGGGUGGACAGAUGCUCUGUUGAAAAAAAUGAUGGGGCGAAGUUAG